AUGUCGUCAUCGAUCUCGUUCCCGACCGGCGUGACGAAGCGCGGCUUCAACACGUACAGCCUGCCGGCCCCGGGGGCACCCUACUACACGCCGGCCCAGACACCGCCGACAGGCACGGCAGAGACAGCCGAAGACGGCGAGACCAAGCCGGUGCCGACGCUGUUCACGCCGCUGACGAUCCGCGGCGUGACCCUGGCGAACCGGAUCACGGUGUCACCCAUGUGCAUGUACUCGGCCGACGACGGACACGCGACCGACUUCCACCUCGUGCACCUGGGCCAGUUCGCGCUGCGCGGCGCCGGCCUGACGUUUGUGGAGGCCACGUCGGUGCAGCCCAACGGGCGGAUCUCGCCCGAGGACAUGGGGCUGUGGGCCGACAGCCAGGUGGCGCCGCUGCGGCGCAUCGUCGAUUUUGUGCACGCGCAGGGCCAGAAGAUCGGCGUGCAGCUGGCUCACGCGGGCCGCAAGGCGAGCAUGAUGGCGCCGUUUGCAGCGAAGCACCGCACGGUGGCGCAGACAGCCGGUGGCGGCUGGCCCGACAACCUCGUGGGCCCGUCGGCGCUGGCGUACGACGUGAGCACGCCGACGCCGGCGGCCCUCUCGCUGGCCGCCAUCCGCGACAUGGUCGAGGCGUUUGCGGCAGCCGCACGGCGGGCCAUGGAGGCCGGCUUCGACGUGGUGGAGAUCCACGGCGCGCACGGCUACCUGCUGAACCAGUUCCUGUCGCCGCAGUCGAAUAAACGCACGGACGAGUACGGCGGCAGCUUCGAGAACCGCACGCGGCUGCUGUUCGCCGUGAUUGCGGCCGUCCGUGCCGUGGUCCCGUCGACGACGCCCGUCUUUGUGCGCGUCUCGGCGACUGAGUGGCUCGAGAAGGUGACGAACGAGCCGUCGUGGACGGUCGAGGACACGAUCCGGCUGGCGCAGCUUCUGCCGGCCGCCGGUGUCGACCUGAUGGACGUCAGCAGCGGCGGCAACAGCCCGCACCAGAAGAUCGACGUGCACCCGCACUUCCAGACCGACAUUGCGGCGCACAUCCGCAAGGAGCUGGACGCCGACGCUGGUGCCAACACGGGCAGCAAGAAACUGCUGCUCGGCACUGUCGGACUGAUCACCACGCCGGAGCUCGCCCGCGACGCCGUGCAGAAGGGCGGCGUGCCUGGUGGCCGUGUCGUCGAAGCCGACCUGGCUCUCGUUGGGCGUCAGUUCCUGCGCCAGCCUGACUUCGUUCUUUGGGCGGCCCAUCAGCUCGACGUCGACGUCAAGUGGCCGCUGCAGUAUUCGCGGGCGCACUGGAAGCAACAGCCGCUAUAG